GGGAUAGGAGAGCCCAGUGUCUACCAUGCAGUGGUCGUCAUUUUCCUUGAGUUCUUUGCCUGGGGAUUGCUCACGACCCCUAUGCUUACUGUGUUACAUCAAACUUUCCCACAGCACACGUUUCUAAUGAACGGGCUUAUUCAUGGUGUCAAGGGGCUGUUGUCGUUCCUGAGCGCCCCUCUGAUUGGGGCUCUCUCGGACGUAUGGGGUCGGAAGUCCUUCCUGUUGCUGACUGUGUUCUUCACCUGCGCCCCGAUACCUCUCAUGCAGAUCAGCCCUUGGUGGUACUUUGCAGUAAUCUCAGUGUCUGGAGUCUUCGCUGUCACGUUCUCAGUGAUAUUUGCCUAUGUCGCUGACAUCACCCAGGAGCACGAGAGGAGCACUGCCUACGGCCUGGUGUCGGCCACGUUUGCCGCAAGCCUGGUAACCAGCCCGGCGAUCGGCGCCUACCUGUCUCGCGAGUACGGUGAUACUGUCGUCGUGAUCCUGGCUACGGCCAUCGCCCUGCUGGACAUCUGCUUCAUCCUGCUGUCAGUGCCAGAGUCCCUGCCUGAGAAGAUGCGCCCGGCCUCCUGGGGAGCGCCCAUCUCCUGGGAACAGGCAGACCCCUUCGCUUCUCUUCGUAAGGUGGGUCAAGACUCGACGGUUCUCCUCAUAUGUAUCACCGUGUUUCUUUCCUACCUUCCUGAAGCUGGACAGUAUUCAAGUUUCUUCCUUUACUUGAGACAGGUAAUUGGGUUCACUUCUGAGACGGUGGCUGCAUUCAUAGCGGUGGUUGGAAUCCUCUCUAUAUUGGCCCAGACGGUGGUUUUGGGUGUCUUGAUGAGAUCCAUAGGGAACAAAAACACCAUUCUUCUGGGCCUGGGGUUCCAGAUCCUGCAGCUAGCCUGGUAUGGCUUCGGAUCACAGCCUUGGAUGAUGUGGGCAGCAGGAGCCCUGGCUGCCAUGUCCAGCAUCACCUUCCCAGCCAUCAGUGCUAUAGUGUCCAGGAACGCCGACCCUGAUCAGCAGGGAGUGGUGCAGGGAAUGGUCACGGGGAUCCGAGGUCUGUGUAACGGUCUGGGGCCGGCUCUCUAUGGCUUCGUCUUCUACCUGUUCCACGUGGAGCUCAAUGAAAUAGAUGACAGGGAAACCCUGGACAAAGCUGCCAAAACCAACAUGGUCAACCCCACUGACGAGCGUUCCAUUAUUCCCGGGCCACCUUUUCUCUUCGGAGCGUGCUCCGUCCUCCUCUCGAUCCUGGUUGCCUUAUUUAUUCCCGAGCACAGUGGCACCAACAUGAGGCCAGGCAGCUACAAGAAACACAGCAACGGAGCCCAGAGCCAUUCCCACAGCCCCCAGAUGGGCAUCCUGGACGGCAAGGAGCCCCUGCUGGAGGACAGCAACGUGUAGCCAGGGCCGCGGAGGAAGCAGGAGCUUCUCCACCCGGUUCAGAGAUCAAGAAUGCUUGAAGAGAAGGCCAUCGAAGCACCCAGCGGUGAGGACCAGCACGGAUCGGGUCUGCAUUCGGUGCUGAGGACAGGAAGAAGGGCAGGCAUGGACUUCGAAGCUUGCUUUAGAAUUAAGGGCAGGGGAGGAGUAGAAGGGUGCUUCUGUCAGAAUGUUGUGUUUCUUUUUUUUCCUGCUUAUAAAAAUACGAUGAUCUUUUUUCUGACCCAGCCUAGACAGAAUCACUAAUACACCCAGUCCAAAGACAACUGAUCUCGUGUAGGUUAAACUGCAGACUAGACUGGGUAAGAACUAACAAUAGCCAACCUCGUCGUUGAAAUCUUGAAGUUCUCAAAUGCCACGGCUUGCUUUUAUAGACUGAGGCGAGACAAGUGGAUGGGUUCAGCCACUCAGGAUUCAAAGGAAAUCACUAGAUGGAAAUCACUAUGCAAUUUACAGCAGAGUACAAGCUUGUAAUUAAUUUACUGGGCAUUUCAAUAGUGCAUUCGUUGUCCACGAGAUGCCAAAAAUGUUGUGAAGA